GUGUAGUAUCCGGCCCGUGACGUGAGGAAAUUCCGGGAACCCAAAAAGGCAAUGUGAAUACUUUGUCUACCCUCGACAACGACGGACAAACCAUGUCUACGAAGCGCGUUCAAACAGACGAAAUUCACGCGUAUAAUGUGGCCUCCAACAACCCUGCUACUCUGUGGGUCCUUUAGCAUGCUUUGGGAAACUGAGAACGGUCAUAAUUCAAUGUCCAAAAAGAUCUCAUGCAGUAGCCCCUGAUGUUACAGCUGCACUACGCAAUGUAGGGAUGCGAACCAGAAAAAGUACGUGGAUCCAUUUCCUGAUUAUCCAUGCUCUUGAACAUCUGCGCAUGAAGGUGUAUUGGAAGGUUACGCCAUGAAUCCAAACCCACAAUAUGGAACGCCGGCAUCCCGUAUCAAAGCAAUGUCUACAGGAACUCUUUUCCAAUCACCCCGUGAUGCAAUGCAGGAUGCUCGGGGACACCAACUCAACUCUCUGAUUACCCCGAGGAAACGGCAUCGCUCUGCUUCUCCGAUCGACAAUGGAGCGGUCGAUGAGACAUACAAUGAGGAGGAAUCUAUGAGCAUUGAUGUGGGAAGACAACCCGAAAGACCCGUGAAACCCCUAAAAAAGACCGCGCGCUCAAUGCUACAAUCCAAAUCUUUACCGGCAGGUGCUUUGUUUCCAGGUCAAAGUCAAACGAUACUCCAGGGUGAUCUCCGCGAGACGGAUGAGGAAGAAAAUGAUUGGAGUUCUGACCUGACUUUCCAGGCAUCUGCCAGUAGCAUUACCUUUGAGCCCACGCUCAUGCCCUAAAUUUAUCCAUUGUUUUCUCAAAAUGUUGUUACAUCAGAUUGUAUCAAAUAUCGCUGUAUUUUUCCCAGAUUAGCUUCUUUCCACAAAUUCUGGCAGUUAUUUUCAUAUCAGAUAUUAGUUUCUCGUCGCUCGACGUGCACUGGAAGAGUAAUCAAGAUCGCCUUGCGAUUUCGACC